UGGUUUAGAAGUACAGACGCUUAGACGAAUACUGCGUACGGUACUUUCAUAAGUUAGAGUUAGUUCAGUGUUAAGAUUAAGCUAAAAGAAGCCCACGUCAGUAACAACGCGGACGUUGGUUAUUGGUGUCAGAUGGAUUAGUCGGGACGAGCUGAGUAUGUCCCGACUGCCAGUCAUGUCAUUGAAGAGAGUUCUCACCAGCAGCAGCUCUGAGAACUCCCAGGACAUGGCUCCUCUGCAGAAGAGGAUGCGUAAAGACCAGGAGCCCCGCAAACCUCAGGCAGCUGCAACCAUCAUAGGAGACAAGCGGCCUGCUGCUGCUGCAGCGGCCAGAGCACCGCCCUAUAGACCAAUUAGAGGUGCAGGAGCUGCCACUGUGGCUGCUGGCCCUUCCAGAGGGUUCGUGAGGCCGGUUGCAGCUUCCACUGCUCCCAAAGCUGCCAACAGUAAACAACCUGCAGGAGCAAAACCUGGUGUGACUGGAGCCACUCGCCGCAAACCAUGGGACCUGAAGGGUAAAGUCAAUGACAUGGAGGGUAAGAUCCGCACCUACCAGACCAAGUACAGGUCUGUAAACGAGGAGAACGAGGCGCUGAAGGACUCCGUGACUCAAGGUCAAACCAAAGUGUCUGAGCUGGAGCAAGAAGUCAAGGGACAGAAGAGGAAAAUCAGUGAGUACGAGGCAGAGCUGCAGAUGUUGUCUGGAGUUCAGAGUCAGCUUGAAGAAGUGCAGAGAGAGAAGAACGUCCUCCAGAAGGAGAUGUCCAAUUUAGAGCAGAAACAUAAGGUCAUGGAGACGCUGCGGGACAGUCAGGAGACGGAGCUGCAGACUCUGAAGAUGAAGCUGUCUGUGCAGGAAUCAACGAUGACCCGACUGCAGGCCACCCUGAGAGACAGAGAGGAAGAAGUCAGCUCCCUGAAGGAAACGGUGGCGGAGCAGAGAGACGAGCUUCACGCCGGGGAGAUGGAGCGCCGGCGGCUCCACAACACCAUCCAGGAGCUGAAGGGCAACAUCAGGGUGUUUUGUAGAAUUCGUCCUCUAGAAGAUGGAGGCCUGAGUAAACACAUCCAGCUGGCAGCCAGCGACAACAAGUCCAUCAUGCUGGCCAAAACUGAGGAGUCUCAUACGGGUAAAACGGCCGACACACAGAAGAAUUAUCACUUCAGUUUCGACCGGGUGUUUGGGCCUCUGGCUUCACAGCAGGAGAUCUUUGAUGAGAUCUCCCUGCUGGUGCAGUCGGCUCUGGAUGGGUACAACGUCUGCUGCUUUGCCUACGGUCAGACAGGAAGUGGGAAAACCUACACCAUGGAGGGAGAGGAAGUGGACGACACGAGGGGCGUCAUUCCCAGAGCCGUGCAGCAGAUCUUCAGAGCCGGAGACAAGCUGAGCUCUCAAGGCUGGGAGUUCACCUUCACUGCGAGUUUUGUUGAAAUCUACAACGAGACCCUGCGGGACCUCCUGUACACCGGCAAGGUCAGCAAGAGGCCCGAACACGAGAUCCGAAAGACGGCCAGCAGCGACGUGACCGUCACCAACCUGACCUACCAGAAGGUCCACACCGAGGAUCAGGUUCUUGGUUUGAUCGCUUUGGCCAAAGAGAACCGCUCCACGGCCCAGACGGCCGUGAACGAUCGCUCCUCCCGCUCACACUCGGUGUUCCAGCUGCAGAUUGAGGGAGUGAACGCUGGCAGGGACCUCAAAUGCAAGUCCACUCUUUGCCUGGUGGACCUGGCCGGCAGCGAGCGAAUGAUGAAGAGUCAGUCUCAGGGAGAGCGCUUCAAGGAGAUGACGUCCAUCAACAGCUCCCUGUCCAACCUGGGCAUCGUCAUCAUGUCUCUGGCCAACAAGGAGAGCCACAUCCCAUACAGGAACUCCAAGCUGACCUACCUGCUGCAGAACUGCCUCGGAGGAAACAGCAAAACGCUGAUGUUCGUGAACAUUUCUCCAGAGUCGGACAGCUUUGGAGAAACACUCAACUCUCUGAGGUUUGCCAGCAAGGUGAACGAUUGCGUCAUCGGCACAGCGAGUUCCAACAAGAAGUAGAUCCAAGUUUUUACAUAAACGUCAUUUUUUUCUACUUUAUUGCUAUAAUCAGUCUGUAAGAUGUUUGUACUCGAUUUCUCUCUUUGCUGUUCGGAGUUUAAUCUGGUGCCAGAUUCAUAUGAAACGAAAGCUUUGGUAAAUUCUCAGGGCCUCUUGGUAAUCACUAACAGGUUUUAAUGUUUGUUUCUCUCAUCAGUCUGUAAAUUGGGCCAUAUGUACAUAUUUGUCUGUUUUUAACCUCUUCAGUUUUAACUCAGACAUUAAAUAUCCAUCACUGGUGUUUUUAGGAAAAAAGGUCCUUUUUAUUCAGUAAUUUCUGAUUUUUUUUUUUAAAGUAUGAAUAAAUGAAGAACAUCUGCAAAUAAA